AUGUCUUUAUGGGUAGAUAAAUAUAGAGCCAAAACAUUAUCUCAAUUAUCCUAUCAUGAAAAUGUUACCCAAAAUUUAAAAGCGUUAUCCAAAUCAGGAGACUUUCCACAUUUAUUAGUUUAUGGACCUAGUGGAUCUGGUAAAAAGACUAGAAUAUAUUGUACAUUACAAGAAAUUUUUGGAACUUCUGUUGAAAAAUUGAAAAUUGAUGUUAAAAACUUUGUGACUUCAUCAAAUCGUAAAUUAGAAUUCAAUGUUUUAAGUUCACCUCAUCAUUUGGAAAUUACUCCUUCAGAUAUGGGAAAUAAUGAUAGAGUAGUAAUACAAGAUUUAUUGAAAGAUGUUGCAUCUACUGAACAAGUUGAUUUUGGAAAUCAAAGUAGCAGAAGACAUAGAUUUAAAGUUGUUAUUAUCAAUGAAGCGGAUUCAUUAAGUAGAGAUGCUCAAGCUGCAUUAAGAAGAACCAUGGAAAAAUAUUCAUCAAAUAUUAGAUUAAUUUUAGUUUGUAAUUCAAUUUCAAAUAUUAUUGCUCCUAUCAAGUCAAGAACUUUAUUAGUUAGAAUUCCUAGUCCAACAGUCAAUGAUAUAAGCUCAAUUUUAAAUCAAAUUUCAAACAGGGAACAAGUCAAAUUUUCAUCUUCAUCACAACAAGAUAUAAAUCAAUUUUAUAAUCAGAUUGCAACCGUAAGUAAUAGAAAUUUAAGAAGAUCCCUUUUAGCAUUUGAAACAAUAUAUAUGCAAAAUGAAACAAUUGACGUAAAGAAAAUUCACAAUGUCAUUGUGUUGGAUUGGGAAACUAUAAUAAACAAUAUGGCCAAAACCAUUAUAAGUAAUAGAAACGUUCCAACACUAGCAAAAUUAAGAAGUACUAAUUAUGAAUUAUUAUCUCAUUGUAUACCAGCUAAAAUAAUUUUGAAAACUUUAUUAUUUGAAUUAAUUAAAUUAUGCAAAAGUAAUGUUAAUUUGAUUCAAGAAAUUGUUAAAAUUGCAUCACUUUUUGAUGAAAGGUUGUCUUUAGGGCAAAAGAGUAUUUUUCAUUUAGAAGGAUUUAUUGCCAAAAGUAUGGUUGCAAUAGAUCAAUUUAUAUAA